AUGCCUCCUUCAACAUGCGGAUCCUCUAUCGCCGACCUAGAGAACGACGCCUCCGUCACUAACCUGGCAGAAGUUAGAGCUCCUGACCACGGACUCCACAAAUCUCCACUCAACGCUGAAAUGUUAACUAGCGACAUGGAAAUCGCCGACACCGACCAAGGUGAAUGGUACGAUGCCAAGACAUCCAAGAAGCGCAAAAAGAACUCCAGUUCAAGCAAAAGCGGAGACACAGUUACGAACUCGCCUACCACGACAGUUGGCCUGACUGUAAUCUUUGUACCAGCGGUUGAAAACCAGAAAAUCAUAGCGAUCAGCAGUCUAAAACUGUCUGUUGCAUUGGAACAGCUGUGUCCCGAAUGCAUCCACGAGAUUAGGCCCAACAGCAGAUUAAAUCUGAUCGCAGUGGACACUCGAAAUGGUCAGACGACCCGUGCGCUCCUUGCCUGCACUCAGAUCUGCGGCUUGAAAGUUCGGGCGAACGCCCAAUUCAGUGCCGCAAAUGUUGUGGAUAUGGACAUCGCGAAGCCAACUGCAAGCGCCCACCUAUCUGCGGUCGCUGUGGAGAAGCCCACGACGGAAACGACACGUGUUCUGGUCAAGAAAAAUGCGCAAACUGCAGUCAAGCUCACGCUGCCACGUCCUCUUCCUGCCCAAAAUGGCAGAGAGAAAAGGGAAGGGGAUUAUGCAGGCUCGUCAGGAAGGGCCUUAUGUUCGUCGACCACGAACUUGGGUGGCGUUCAAGUAGAACAUUCGUUUGUGGAACUCAUACCGACCAAACGCAGGAAGCAGAGCAUAUUCGUUCUAAAUGUGUACAGAAACCCGUCCAAUCGCCGCCAGAGGUUCCGGGCGCUGCUCCAGAAGGCACUCAAGACCGCCGGGUCCCAGACGCUGAUCGCGGGGGGCGACUUCAACGCGGCAGAGGCAGCAUGGGGUUACGGUUAUAACACGGCCAAGGGGAGAAACCUCGCACAAGACACGCAGGAGCUAGACUUCGCGCUCAUUACGGACCCGGCGCACCCGACGAGACUGGGCAACUCGGCCACCAGGGACACGACCCCGGAUCUUACGUUCAUCAGAAAUGCGGGGACGGCGAACGUUACGUGGAGCAACACGACGGUUGACCUGGGCAGCGACCACGCGAUCAUAGAGAUACACGUCCCAACACCGGACAGAAUGCAAGGCAGCAGGCGCACCUUUACGUGGACGGAUUGGGAGGACUUCAGAAAGCAACGCGACCGAGAACAACAACACGAAGCAGAAGAGAUCACGGACAUCGAAGCGUGGUUCCGCGAGUUAGUCGAGGACGCCAAAGCGUCGACCAAGACGAUCGAGACCGACGUCGACACCGACAAGAUGGACAGCCGCCUGGCGCACCUCAUUGAGGCGAAGAAUUCGAUCCUGGCCAGAUGGACGAAACAGAGACUCAACCGGAGACUCAGAAAAAAGGUUGCGGAGCUCAAUCGCAGCAUCGAGGAGCACUGCCGCACGCUCGACCGCCAGCAGUGGGAUGAGAUGUGCAACGCGGUGGACGGCCAACUACACAACGGCAAAGCGUGGAGCCUACUAAAGCAUCUGCUGGACGCAACAAACACCAAGUCUCACCAGAGGGACCAUCUCGCACGCCUGAUACACAAGGAGAUCGGGGAACGCGGGAAAGAUGUGGUGGCUGCCCGCCUGCGAGCGAAAUACCUUCCGGAGACCCCGACCGUGCAGCACGGCCCGUACAAGGGCGAGCCCAAUGAAGAAUUAGACAGAGACUUCAGCGUGGAAGAGAUCAGAACAGCACUGCACGAACUCAGCAGCAGGUCGGCACCGGGCCCCGACGGGGUGUCGAACCGCGCCCUAAAGAAUCUCGAUGACCGCUCAAUGGAACAGCUGACAGAAUACAUCAGAACCUGCUGGCGGCGAGGCAGCCUCCCGCGCCAGUGGAAGACCGCGAAGAUGAUCCUAAUACCAAAACCCGGCAAACCACCGAGCCUCGACAACCUCCGCCCCAUAUCGCUGACAUCGUGCGUCGGUAAAGUCAUGGAGCACGCACUGCUCAACCGUUGGCAAGUGUACCUGGAACAAAAAGGGAUCUACCCACCGUCCCUCAUAGGCUUCCGCCAAAACCUCGGCACGCACGACGCCAUGUUACAAUUAAAACACCAAGUGCUGGACAACAAGACCAGGGGAACUAGGGCGAUCCUCGGACUCGACCUAGAAAGCGCUUUCGACAAAGUCGUUCACUCGGCGAUUCUGCGACAAAUUUCACAACGAAACCUCGGCCUGAGCACUUACAACUACGUGAAAGACUUCCUGACGGACAGACGCGCCGUACUAGUGGCAAAAGAUCUCCAGCUGGAAGAGCAAACGUUGGGCAGCGCCGGCACCCCGAUGGGCUCGGUCAUCUCGCCCACACUCUUCAACCUGGUCAUGAUCGGGGUGGCAGAGAAGCUGCAAGACAUCGAAGACGUCCGGCCCACCAUAUACGGCAGCGACGGUCAUAUCGAGUCGACGCUGCAGUCAGCAAUUGACGCAAUAGAGGCCCAUCUUCAUGGCACGGGCCUGCGGUGCUCGCCCAAGAAGUCAGAACUCCUGCUCUACCGCCCCGCACAACGGGGCAAACUUAAAGCCCGAAGAAACUGUGAGGAAAUCAGUCUACGCACGAGCGAUGGCACGACCAUCCCGACAGUCCCCAAAAUCAGAGUCCUCGGCAUGAUAAUCGAAGCCACGGGUCACAACGGCGGAACCAUCACCAGACUAGUACACAAGACGUCCAACGCCACGAGACUCCUCAAGAGAAUCACCAACAGAAGGAGCGGAAUGAGGGAGGAGAACCUCACGCGACUCAUCCACUCGUUCGUCGUCUGCCAUAUCGCUUACAUUGCGGCCUUUCACAACUGUUACAGGAAAGAAGAAGACAAGAUCAACGUCCUCAUACGCAGGGUAUACAAGAUCGCCUUGGGCCUGCCGGAAUCCACAAGCACAGACCGCCUGCUCCAGCUGGGCAUCCACAACACGCUGAACGAAAUCGCAGAGGCACAGCGCACCUCGCAACUGGAGAGGUUGUCCGGCACGAACGCUGGCCGCCGCAUCCUCGAGAACCUCGGCAUCGGAUACCACACACAGCAGGGCCACAAAGUCACCAUCCCAGUCGCGAUCCGGGAGACAAUAAGAGUCGAUCCGAUCCCCAGAAACGUUCACCCGGAGUACAACCGAGGCAGAAGAGAUGCCCGAGCCAAGGCUCCUCUCAAUGCCCACAGCAACAAUGUGGGUACGCGAUUCGUGGACGCCGCCGAGUACGAGACAGGCUCCCGAUUUGCCGUGACGGUCGUCGAUUCAGACGGGGAAACGAAGAUAUCAGCAAGCGUGACAUGCGAACGCGCCGAAGAAGCUGAGGAAAUAGCAGUCGCCCUCGCCCUUACGGACCCGGCGUCCAAAACAGUCCUCUGUGACUCGAGACAAGUAAUCAGGAACUUCGCCAAAGGACGGAUAUCGCCACGAGCAGCCCGAAUCAUAAGCCAACGCCAAGUCUACCGAGAACCAGAACCCCCAACCCGACUCCUGUGGUUCCCCGCACACGUGGGGGAAGUCUCCGAGGAGCAUCGUAACGGCAACGAGACGGCACACGCCAGGGCGCGCGAGCUAACAAACCGCACCGGCGACGGUCGUCCGUGGUACAGCAGCAAGGACCGUAUGACGAGCUACAACGAAAUCACCAAGACCUCCCGCCUGGCCCGACGGACACUCCCUCCGCCCAGCGACAAGCUGGACAGGGCACAGGCGGUCGCAUUCAGACAACUGCAGACGCGCACGUACCCUAACCCGGCACAGUAUCACAGAAUGUUUCCCGAAAUAUACACGAUGAACACGUGUAAGGUCUGCCGCAAAGAGGUAGCCACGUUAACCCACAUGCUCUGGGACUGCACCAAAGACCCGCACGGUGCUAACUCCGGAACCCUCCCGCCGCGGCUGUCCGCUGCCCUGUGCAGCCCCAGCCUCGACGAUCAACUCUGGGCCGUCCAGCAGGCCUGUGAGGCGGUGAAGCGGCAGGAUUUCGACGCCCCUAGACAGGCGAAGAGGACCAGCGGCAACGCCCCCAAGCGGGUGACUUAG